CUCUUCAAGAGGACACACCUGAGCCCAACUGCACGCCAUCGCCUCCUCUAUCCGAUGAUAUGAAUGCUAUAAAUAAUAGCAUUAAUAUUAGUAUAAAUAAUAACAAUAAUCACAACAUCGACAACAAUCAUACGAAUGGUAUUUAUAACAACGGUAUUACACACCAAACACACCAAAGUUUUGAUGAGACAAGUCUUCCGCCCAAAAAUGAAAGAGAGUUGUGGGAAGCGUUUCACUCGCAGUGCGCGACAAUCCAUUCACUAGAAGUGCAAAUCACGGACAAAGACAAACGGAUUAAGGAAUUGGAAGAAUUAUUGUCGAGAAUGGGUUACGACGGGCAGCAUAUCUAUUAAGACUAAUGCUUUUAUAUUGAUAUACAAUACAAAAUAUACUGUAAUACAGUUAAACAGACGAA